UCCUCCACCGCUCACAGUCUCUGGAGCUCACACAGGACGCGGUUCUUGCUUCAACAGUGCUUGAACAGAACUCACCCCCUGUGUCUUCUCACUUAACUCUCAAACGUUACCAACUACCACAACACCAACUACAACAUGACGUCCCAGAUCCGUCAGAACUUCAGCCAGGAGGUGGAGGCAGCCAUCAACCGCCAGGUCAACCAGGAGCUCUACGCCUCCUACGUCUACCUGUCCCUGGCGAGCUACUUCGACCGCGAUGACGUGGCCCUGAAGCACUUCCACAAGUUCUUCAAGGAUCUGUCGCACGAGGAGCGCGAACACGCCGAGAAGCUGCUCGAGUACCAGAACAAGCGCGGCGGGCGCGCCGUGCUCCAGGACAUCAAGAAGCCGGAGCGUGACGAGUGGGGCAGUGGCCUGGAGGCCAUGCAGCUCGCCCUGCAGCUGGAGAAGACCGUGAACCAGGCCCUGCUGGAUCUCCACGCUCUGGCCAGCGAGAAGAAAGACCCGCAGCUGUGCGACUUCCUGGAGCACGAGUUCCUGGAGGAGCAGGUGGAGUCCAUCAAGAAGCUUGGGGACCACGUCACCAACCUCAAGCGCCUGGGCGUGCCGCACUCCACGACAGGAGAGUACCUCUUCGACAAGCUCACGCUGGGCAGCAGCUGAGCUGCGUCUCCGUCGCCCCCAGCCUCGCCACGCUCAGCCUCUCUGUACCCCGCGGCGACUCCUCCUUGAGAAAUGGCAUUUGUCUGUUGGUUAGUUAGUCAGUCAGUCACAGCACUCGCUUGAGUCAUGUUCAUUGUUCUGUUCACCGCCAAGCAAGCACCACCUAUGACCUUUGACCUAGGUCAAUAAAACUCACUGAAGGUUUUGAGCUUACUUACCUUAAGGGGUGUUUCAAAAGUCUAAAUGCUCUCAUUCCAUCGCUCUUAACGGUUGAGUUGAGUUAGGAAAUGAUCAGUAGAAUGAAGAAAAUGUGGGGGACAAAUUUAUUAUUAGGGGGUGGGGGGGGGGGCUAAAGGCAUACAAAUUGACAGCAAUUUUCUAAUGAAUAAAAACGAGCACAAGUAGCCUCGACACAAGUGCCCCCUAUGUCAGGAGGUUCUCGUGCAGAGACAUCUCCGCCUCCGUGGAGGAGUGUGCACCUCCAAAUCCAUACCCAGAGACGUCCCCGGCACCGUGCCCCGUGCACUCGGCAGCGGCCCGCAGACAAAUCCCUCUUCUCCUCGUAGGCGGUCGACGGCCACCUGUCCGAUUGUAAAGGCGCAUCUUCCUCUUCCUGAUGAAUGCAACAUCGUCACCGGAGCCAUAAGCUCGGUCAGAGUCGACCACGGGAAGCUCACGGAGGAGGAGGAGCGCCAAGCGGGCCGGAGCGGCCGCGUCCCUGGCGGGGCGCGGGGCCUCUCUGCGGCGACUCUUCCCGUGGCCUUCACUCUCCGCCUGUGGGCGGUGGCGAUGGUCCAACCGGGGUGUGAGUGCGAGGGCCGCCGAGAUGGAGCUGCUGUGCUGAGAAGGAGCCUCUAAUAAAGUGUGACGAGCAUCA